GGAAGAGAGAGGCCUGUUUAGCAAGUAGCGACGGAGGGAGAGCGUGGAGGAUAAGUGGAGAGCAAGAAUGGUGGGCGCUUCGUCACUGCAACCGCGACUUCUCUCUUCCUUUGUAGGAGAUCGGUUUGUUCAGUCACAGAGGCCUCUUCAUCAACUCUUUCGCUGCAAUCCAGGAAACAAGCAUGUUUCUAUGCAAUUAUCAAGAACUUUUUCUGGCUUAACUAAUCUCCUAUUCAAUAGAAGAAAUCUUGAGGGAUUGCCAAACAGCAAGCGUAAACGUCUAAGACCCGGAAAACUUUCUCCUCAUCGACCGGUUCCAGGUCACAUACUGAGGCCUUCUUAUGUAACUUCUAAAAAGCCUCCUGGAAUUGUGAGUGGACCAGAAGUGCAUGAUGAGAAGGGGAUAGAAUGCAUGAGGAAUUCUGGAAGGCUUGCAGCACAGGUCCUUGAAUAUGCUGGGACUUUAGUCAAGCCAGGCAUAAAGACGGAUGAAAUUGACGAAGCAGUUCACCAAAUGAUUAUUGAUAAUGGUGCAUACCCUUCCCCCCUAGGCUAUGGUGGAUUUCCAAAGAGCGUCUGCACAUCAGUGAAUGAAUGCAUUUGCCAUGGAAUACCAGAUUCCCGUCCACUUGAGGAUGGCGAUAUAAUCAAUAUUGAUGUUACCGUUUAUCUAAAUGGUUAUCAUGGUGAUACAUCUGCAACUUUUUUUUGUGGAGAUGUUGAUGAUAAAGCCAGAAAAUUGGUAGAGGUAACCAAAGAAUGCCUAGACAAAGCAAUAUCAAUAUGUGCACCUGGGGUGGAGUUCAAGAAAAUUGGAAAAACCAUACAUGACCAUGCAGAUAAACAUCGUUAUGGUGUUGUGCGAAUGUUUGUUGGGCAUGGAGUUGGACGUGUUUUUCAUGCCGAUCCAGUUAUCCUACACUACAGGAACAAUGAUGGUGGACACAUGGUGUUGAAUCAAACCUUCACUAUUGAACCGAUGCUGACAAUCGGUAGCAUUAAUCCUAUAAUGUGGGAUGACAACUGGACAGUCGUCACAGAAGAUGGAAGCCUCUCAGCACAGUUCGAGCACACCAUCCUGAUAACGGAGAAUGGAGCCGAGAUACUAACUCAAUGUUGAAUGUGCCAUUGCACCUAUACAUCUCCAAGUCCAUUUGGGGAAUAACUGUUGUUUCUAUAAUUAAUUUUUGCGACGACCAUAAGAAAUGGUUUAUUCAUUAUUCUCAGUCUGAAAUAUAUUAUUUAUUAAUUUUUUUUGUA